UCAGUAGCGCGAGCCGCCCCGCCUGGCACGCACGAUGUUUGCGCUCGCGCUCGCCGCCGUCGCCCUGUGCGCGCUGUCUUCCCGCCCCGGCGCGGGCGCCAGCCUCCACUGCGCCAUGCGCCGCGAGAUCUCACCCUGCACCUGCCGCCGCGAGGACAACGGCACCGGUGCCAUCGUCGUCGUCUGCAAGAGCAUCAGCACCUACGAGGAGAUCGCCCGAGCGCUCACCGACAAGUUCAACCCGGAGACCAAGAUCGUGCUCGAGGUGGCCAACUCCCAGCUGCCCGACUUCGCGGACCACACUUUCCGCGAGCUGGGCCUCUCCAUCACCAGGCUCAAGCUCAACUUUGACAACCUAAGUGAAUUAAAAGAGAGUGUGUUCACCAAACUGGACCUGGUGGAAUUCUUCAGCCUGGCCGACAAUGCGCUGACGGAAAUGCCGCGUCACGUGUUCAGGCAUUUACCGCAUGUGCUGACCCUGGACCUCUGCAGGAAUAAGAUCACUAAGCUUACAGAGGAAGACUUUAAGGACAUUCAAGGCUUAGAGCAUCUAUUGGUAGCUGACAAUCAGAUAUCCAAGAUCGAAAGACACGCAGUACCCAAAGGUCUGAUCCACGUGCAUUUGGGCAUCAACAAACUGAGCAGUCUCAACGGAGCCCUAAGGGAUCUCAAUGAUUUGGAGUGGAUCUUUAUCAACGCCAACCAUCUUAAGUCGAUUGACAAUGAACUGCCAGUGAAAGCCAAAAAGCUAGUACUUAUCCAUGCCGCGCACAAUGAAUUGCAGAGUUUACCAAAAGACUUACAACAGAUGCCUUCACUGCAGUCUCUUUAUUUCUAUGACAAUCACAUAAAGUCACUGGACGGCGCUUUGCAAAAGUCGAGACGGUUGAUGACUAUUAGUUUAUCUUUCAACAAAAUUGAGAUGCUUGCCGAAGAUGACUUCGCUGAAGCGGAAAUACUAGCAGAUCUAGAUAUAGCAUACAACCAGUUAAGGUCGCUAAACGGCUCGUUAAGGAGUCUCAAAUCCCUUCGGUAUCUGAACCUGACACAUAACGCGUUCACAGAGUUCUCCUUGCAAGAGAUAAAGGGCCUUAAACGGUUGUCCGUUAUCGAUCUGUCCCAUAAUAAAAUUAGUUUCAUCACUGGAAAUAUGGAGAUAUUGUUCCAGAAUCUCGUUGACGUAGAAACAAGGGUAUUAGAACUGCGUCUCGAUCACAACAACCUCCACAACCUUGGAGGCGCGCUCAUGGGCCUGCACGGCUUGCUGCGUCUGAACUUGAGCAAUAACCAAAUACAACAGAUCUCGCCUGACGAUCUCAUCGGCUUGGAGGAACUCAGACUACUCGACGUGUCCUACAAUCACAUAACCACGCUCGAAGAAACAUCGAAGACUUUCUUGCCGUAUCUGGAGGAGCUGAUCGCUCACCACAACAACAUCACCGCGCUCGACAAAGACUUCCACGGGCUCCCGUCUCUCUGCACGGCUGAUCUUUCGUAUAAUAAAAUUCAAACUGUGAAUUAUGAAGUCGUGUCCAAGUCGCGAUGUACCAUCAACGGAGUGCCCAGUAUUUUGAAGAUUUAUCUUCAAGACAAUCCAGUAUUGUGCGACGAUCGGCUGUACGAGCUCGAGACGGUGCUGCUGGGGCUGAACGCGCGGCUGAGCGGCGACGCGACGUGCGCGGCGCCGCAGACGAGCGCGCCGGUGCUCAUGCGCGCGCUCAACGACAUCGUGCCGGACGCGCCCGUGGUGCUCGUCGCCCGCGUGGCCGGCGCGCGGCUGCUGGACGGCCUGCCGCAGCACGCGUACCAGCGGGUCGGCGCGCUCGGGCCCGGCGUGCCGCCCGCCGGCUCCAACGUGGUCGUCAAGUGGCCCGACGAGCGGCCCCACCCGCUCGCCGACCACCUCCGCCUGCGCGAUCUCAAAGCCUCCCCGCAGUGAGCCGGCGCCCGACGCCCACGAACUUAGUGCCUCGCUGGCGACCGCCGCUUCCAAGCACGGAGGAUCGGAUGAUAUCAUUGCAAUGUACAUAGCGACCAUCGUUACUACUACACCAAAGUGAUAUUUCAAAUUAUAGGCACUCUCGAUAGCGACGUGCCGUGUACCUACAUAAUAUAAGUAUAGCGUAGAAUUCGAAUAUAGAUGUUUGAUGUUGCCGAAUGUCAGUGUGUGAAUGUGAAAGUAUUUCUCUUGUAAUUCCAAAUUUACGGUUUUAGUAAACCGAUUAAUGUGUAAUGAUUAUUCGCGAUAUUGUUUAUUAUAUCUGGUAGAAUAUUAAAUGCCCUAUUCGACUUUAUUUUUAAGUGAUUGUGGUGUACCUAAAAUAAUUUAUGUAUCGUAAUAAUAUUGUUAAUUUUACUAUGUAGUUCAUAGAAUAAUUUAUAUGGCAAUUAACAAUACUCAAAGCUAUUGACGUAAUAAUAUAAAAAUAUUGUCUCAUUUUAAUUCAAAAUACUAACAGAUAAAAAUGUAUACGCCCAAUAUUUUCUGAACUAAUUUUAUUCGUAGUUCCUUACAAUAUAAUAUAAUUAUUAUAAUAAUAUAUUAAUUGAUUUUUUUAGUAUCCUACGACCCGGUUGAGUGUACCGGGAGAUUUAGCUUUACGUAAUAGCUGUACGAAAGAUAACGAUUGUAUUUGUUGUUUCCAAUAAAUGAUACCAAUAG